AUGUCUCACCUCACCUCCUCUCCGUUCCACAAACCAUCUCCCUACGACUUCCCUCGCCCUUCUCAAUUGCCCACUCCUCCUGACACAGAACCAGAGUUUACAGGCUUCACUCAUCCACAGGGAAUCGUUCCUCCUGCGACUACGGAGGCUGAUCCCUUGUCUCUACAGACUAACCUGGCGCAUGACGCUCACGUCAGUCGAAUGCGUCGAGUGUCUACGCUUUCCUAUCGCAACACUGGCCUUCGUGAUAACCGUGAACGUAGCAGCUCCGGACAAACGAAGUGGUUAAUCGUCGUAGUCCCUCCUCCUUCCUUGUCCAAAGCUCAUGGCAACCUCGGCCAUACUUUGGCCUCUGGUCCUCCUGAUCGCUUGCCUCAAGGGACCUUGAUGCCCCUCUUUCCGACGAUGUACGGCCAGCUCACAGUGAUCGCCCGUGAAUUCAAUUUUCCCAGUACGACCGGUCUAUGCCUCUACCUGCACAUGGCUGAAAACGGACUUGCUGCAUCGCCUCGCAUCUCUGACGAGACUUGGCCUAUCCUUUGGGGCCAUCUCUUUGAUGCGCGGUCUCCAAGCCUCCAGCUUCAGCAAUUGCCGGUCUGUGGUCGUGUCGAGUUCGACAUCGACUUCCAUAAGGCCCGUUGGUACGAUGCAUGGGUAGCUUCUUCUCGGAGAUAUGCGAUGGAUUUUCCGGUCUCUGCAGCACCAUCGACGUCUCAUUGGAGAGGAGACAGCAAAACUACGUUUCAAGAGGAUCAGCUGACUGAGGAGCAGUCGGAGUCCGUUUUCAUGCCUCCUUCGAGGAACCAAAUGCCCAGUCGUCACGUCCCGAGGAAGCUUUCCCUAUUAGAUCGGUUUGAUGCGGCUUCCCCUGCUUCUAAUCAGGCCAAUCAGACGGCAAGAAAUGAUGAUUUUAUAGAGACGCCGCGUCCUUUGGCGCCUAUCAUGCAGGAAGAAGAACCUAAGACCGCUACCAAAGAUUUAGAGUCGCGUGUCAAGACCUGGCGUGCGAGCUCAUCCGUCGCACCGACACCAUUGGGUGCUACGGGUCAGAUCAGCCUUGACCCUGUUCACAUGCCAAAUGACAUCGUCCUGAAGGAUUCUCCUUUGCCCGUCGAGGAGGGCGAAGAAGCCCUCAACUUAGAUGAUUUCACAUGGUCGGUAUCCUCUCCUGGGCCUACAGAUUAUGAUAACCUCGAAUCACCAUUGUCUUGGGACCGUGUUCCAUCCGUACAUCUUGAUCGCCGGUUGGAAGGAUCUGUUCUGCUGAGCCCUUCGACGGCAACUUCUUUCGGCCCCGACGAUGACCUCGUCUCCCUCGUGUCUUAUGCGUCUCGAUACCCCUCUCCUGACAUCGGUCUUAGGAUGCUAGAUGAUGCGCCGCCCACACCCUCAACUGCGACAAGUUGGGGUGCUCCCCUCGAAUAUCCCGCAUCCCCCCUGAGCGUUUCUCGCCCUCCUUCUGUAGAUCUUGCGCAUAGAAUGACACUCAGUCGAUCUACGACACCAGUCACUGCGACGUCGUGGGGUCCAUCUUCAUGGCCUGCAUCUCCUGCAUCUCUUGAUAGAGUUUCCCAAGCGCCGUCCCUCGAUCUUGGUGAACGUGGUGGUUGGAGUCGCCCUGCUACCCCGUCAACUGCUACAUCGUGGGGCCCUCCGCUUUCUUACCCCCCCUCGCCGUUCGUCCCUAAUCACAUCCGAACGCCGGAUGCAGGGCAGAGAGCCUUUGAUUCGGCUACGAUGCGUGUGCCGAACUCUUUCGAAUUCAUGUUUCCUUACUUUAGGCCUGACCAAGAUCCUACAUGGCAGCACGUCUGGCCGUACACUGAAACGUCACAGGAACCCGUCUUGCGAGACGUCCCUUCUUCCAUUAUAAUCCAGUCGCCAGAGGUCUCUGACCUUCGAGCCGUCAUGGAGAUUGAGCAGCAACCCUUCACCGCGCAUGUGCCUAAGAAUGCUCGUCUGGCAUUCACUGAGGUCCCUGCUGAGAAUAGGCACUCAGUCCAGCUGUCGACCGCUUAUCCCACGCUCAACAUCUAUCCAACCGCGUACCCCAACUUCGAGAUCUACCCUGGUCAUGUCUGCUCGGCGGAUAUCAUAGAGCCUAUGACAGUACGCUUGCCCGCAAUGUAUCCUGCCAUCGACGUUUAUCGCACCGCAUAUCCGAACUUUGAGAUAUAUCCCGGUCAUGUUUGUGGUGUAGAGGUUGUCUUCGACCUCUCUAUGUCGGUACACCUGCCCGCUGUUUACCCUUCACUCGAUAUCUAUCCCGCUGUGUAUCCAUACAUGAGUAUCUAUCCUACAGUUAUCCGACCUGUCGAGAUCACCACCACCGCCCAGCACACCACUAUUCGCGGACACUAUCCGAACCUCGAUAUCUAUCCUCCUGCCUACCCUGUGUUUGACUUGUAUCCAGCUACCCCGUCUCGAACAGACUACGAGAGCAGCAAGUCUAUCUCAAACCGUCUAGAUGCUCAAUACCCGAUGCUCAAUAUAUAUCCCGCUGUCUACCCGCACUUCAACAUCUAUCCCUCACCAGAAGCUGAAGUGCAGAGCCCUGAUUAUGGCGUCAACAUCGCUCUCGAUGCAAGAUACCCCAUACUCAAAUUAUAUCCGGCUACCUACCCGUACUUUGAAAUCUAUCCUGGAGAAGUUACAGACUUGAGUAUAAUGGAGCUGCCGAUCAUUACCACGUUGACGCCGAGUUACCCGUGCUUUGAUAUAUAUCCCUCGGUAUACCCUUAUUUCGAUAUAUAUCGGUCAGGAUGGGGAAGUAAUCUGGAAGAUCAGCACGACGUGAUCUCUGUGAAAUUACCCGCCCAUUACCCUGCGCUCAGGAUUUACUCUCCAGUGUAUCCUCACUUCGAACUGUGGCCCUUCGUUGCUGCACCAGCCAUUGCAUCGUCUAUUUUGGGAGGCACACAGCGGAUUCGCACUCAUGUCGGAAUUCAUCAGGAGAUAUCUGGUCCAUCCAGGCGUAAACGGUCUGGAAGUCAUUCCGAAUUACACGAUGAAGCUUUUAAAGAAGCCUCUCCUCCGUCCGCCUCAUAUACAACUCCUCCUCAGCAAGACGCUCACAGUACUGUCCUGAAGGCUGAAGCAUCUCUCGAGCCACACCGAGGCACCUCAUCACAGAUCGACCAGGAAAAUGCAACCGACUCUGUGAAGAGCCGUUCACGUCUGCCGCUCUCCAGCCAAAGAGUUGUAAUGCCUAACACAUCCGUGGACAUUCCAUAUGACAUUCAAUUGGCCCCUCUUCCGCCCAAGAAACCGAUCCCCACCUCUCUUCCCCCACCCACUCCACCUUUGCGCCCUCUUCCCAAUACUCCAUCUCCUUCGAAUGUCUUCAGCCAUAUUACCUCCUUCCAUAACCCUUUCACCGGUUGA